AGAGUGAACGCGUCCUCUCUCUCUCCUCUCUAUGGCGUUCGUUGCUUUCACAAUCGGUCGUAUCGAUCACGAAGCCGUCGUAUGACCGUGAGCGCUCUCAUUUAAAUGUCUCUCUCUCUCUCUCUCUCUCUUUCUCCCUCUCUCUCGUGCCCGACUGCACCUUUUUUCUCCACAGAUCACAAGCUUCCAGUAGAGGUUGAAGGGAAAAGCAGAGAAAAAGAGGAAAAAAUAGUGCUUUCGAUUUUGAUCUUGUGAAAAGAGUGUUACAGAGGAAAUUUUCUCUGUUGGAAGCUGGUUCGCUGCGACCUGACCUAGAAACUCCCUUAUCCUUCUCCGUUUGCCGUAUUUCCAGAAUUGUUUGACACGAGAAAGUAGAGAAGAAGGGGAAAGGAGUUCUUUUGUUGGUUGCUUUUCGUUUCGGGGAGAAGGAUCCAUUCUCCUCCAAAAUUUUAUGGUCCUUCUUUCCUUUUGUAUGGUACUCUGAGUCCUCCCGAGCCAGAGGCUCGGGAUCAACUCAAUGACGUCGGAGAACGAACAGUGCAGACAGAUCGAAGAUGAGGCGGAGCAGCCGGCGGAUCACAACUUCCAACAAUUUAAAUUGUACGAGACGAGAUCGAAUUUUUAUAUGAUUGGAAGGGACAAGAAUAGGAUAUCAUGGAGGGUUUUAAAGAUUGACCGAUCAGAAACAUCCGAGUUGAACAUUCUUGAGGACUCUACCAUCUACACAGAGGAUGAAUGUUAUGAUCUCCUGAAGAGAAUAAAUGAAGGCAAUAAGGCAACGGGUGGACUGAAGUUUGUGACAAAGUGUUAUGGGAUUGUUGGAUUUGUAAAAUUUCUGGGGCCUUAUUACAUGCUAGUUAUUACAAAAAGGAAGCAGAUUGGAGCAAUAUGUGGUCAUACAGUAUAUGCAAUUGCUAAGAGCGAAAUGAUUGCACUUCCCCAUUCUACUGUCGAAUCCAAUAUGACUUAUUCUAAAUAUGAGAACAGAUACAAGAGGCUCCUUUGCGCAGUGGAUCUUACCAAGGACUUCUUUUUCAGCUACUCAUAUCAUGUUAUGCGUAGCCUUCAAAUGAACGUAUGCGACCGUGAAGCAGGACAAGUUGUAUAUGAGACUAUGUUUGUUUGGAAUGAAUUUCUGACACGUGGAAUAAGGAAGCAUCUGAAGAACACUAUCUGGACAGUAGCAUUGGUGUAUGGCUUUUUCAAGCAGGCCAAACUUUCCAUAUGUGGAAAAGAUUUUAAUUUAGCACUCAUUGCCCGACGAUCACGCCACUUUGCUGGGACCAGAUACCUCAAACGUGGUGUUAAUGAUCAAGGAAGUGUUGCUAAUGAUGUUGAAACAGAACAGAUAGUUUAUGAGGAUGUUCCUGAAGGAUCUGCAACACAAAUAAGUUCUGUAGUGCAGAACAGGGGUUCAAUACCCCUAUUUUGGUCACAGGAAACAUCACGCCUGAAUAUUCGGCCUGAUAUAGUCUUGCUGAAAAAGGAUGAAGCAUAUGAAGCUACAAGACUUCAUUUUAAGAAUCUUGUGGAGAGAUAUGGAAACCCUAUCAUUGUCUUGAAUUUGGUGAAGACAAAUGAGAAGAAACCUCGAGAGUCUAUCCUUCGUGUAGAGUUUGCUAAUGCAAUUAAUCAUAUUAAUAAAGAUCUAUCUGAGAAAAAUCGUCUCAAAUUCCUUCACUGGGACUUGCACAAACAUUACAAAAGCAAUGCAGAAAAUGUUUUGGCAAAGUUAGGAAAAGUUGCCAAAGAUGUGUUGGAAAUGACUGGUUUCUUUUUCGGUCAGUUGACACCAUCAUUAGAAUUUGAGGGAUGUUUAAGUCAGACUUUUCCUGAUUCCAGGCAAAAUGGUGGAUUGUAUGUCUCUGGAAGUACUGAGAGCAAUAACUCAGAGGAUUCUCAAGAUGCUGAAUUUGGCAAUGAGGAAGGAUCAAUUGAUAUGAAUGCCAGUCAUGUAGUCAAGGAUCCUAUGUUCCAAACUGGUGUCCUGAGAACAAAUUGUAUAGAUUGUUUAGACCGCACAAAUGUUGCCCAAUAUGCAUAUGGAUUAGCUGCACUUGGCCAACAGCUCUACGCGUUGGGUUUAACUGAUGAUCCCACGAUUGACCUUGAUGCCCCCUUGGCAGAGAAAUUGAUGGAAUUUUAUGAAAGAAUGGGUGAUACACUUGCUUUGCAGUAUGGGGGUUCUCCUGCACACAAUAAGAUAUUUUCUGAGAGGAGAGGUCAGUGGAAACCGGCAACACAGUCCCAGGAAUUCUUUAGGACACUGCAACGCUAUUAUAAUAAUGCUUAUAUGGAUGCAGAAAAACAAAAUGCAAUUAACCUGUUUCUUGGUAACUUUCAACCACAAGUGGACAAGCCUGCACUUUGGGAAUUACAUCACAAUGUUGGUAGGACCGAUGAAAAUGCAAGAGUACUUUUCAAAAGGUCCUUAUCAGAUGGUAGCAUUCUCUGUGACGGUGGCACACCUUUAUCCAUUACCAAGGAUGUUGGCAUUGAGAAACAUGGUUUCUCUAACUCAGCUUUACCUGAAAUAAGUGCACAAGAAAAUUCUACCCAUGACCACUCUGAUUCCAAGGGAGAGACCUCAACGAGUGAACAUAAUAUUUCUUAUUCCAGGUUUGUGCCCUUAGCAACUCGCCGGCAACUUUUUCCGGAUAUGCAAGGUGAUUCUAGCCACGACAGUGAUGCUAGUGAGCAUAGUCUUGGUAAAAUUUCAAGCAGUUCAAAUUUUGUAGAUGUUGAUUGGUUGUCAUCUUCCGAUAACUCAUCUGAUGAAAUUGAUGAAAGGUCUGCACUCAUUAAUUCCUUGGGUGCUGGGCAAUCAUCAGAGAAUAUGAUGAAUGGCAUCUCAGCUGAAACAACUCCAUCUCAAAGUGAAAAUGGAGGUAGCUCAAUGGAAGCCACUGCAGAGUUAGAGGAGAUGUAUCAGAUGCAAAAAUCUGGACCUUUUGCCAAGCUGUCAGAUAACUUUGCACGAUGGGUUAUCUUUGGACAGACCCUGUGUAAUUAGUCCCAAAAAUUUUCUGGAAUAUAUUUAUUAUUUGUUGGCUCUGACCUACUUGCAGUGGGGGGACGUGCUCAAUCAGGAAAUAGGGAAAAAAUGGAACAGAGACGGCGCUGCUCUUGUUCUAGCUUCUGGAUUGCUGGCGUGCGGCAUUCUUUGUAAGAUACUGGUUAGUGGGUAUAUUCUUGGUUGGGUGAAGAUGCCCAAUCCGAGUCCCACAUAGGUCUGGGGGUAAAUAGUUGCAGAAUUUCCUCUCUCUCUCUCUCUCUCUCUCUCGCUCUCUCUCUCUCUCUCUCUCUCUUCCUGUGGGAAAAUGGGGUUUAGAAGCCUUAGUGUUUCAUGUACAUAUAUUGUAUGCCGUAUUUGUUCUCAGCCAAAAGGAAAGACUUCUCUUCAUAACUUGUCGAAUUUAAUGUAUACAGUUAGCUUAAACUACCUGAGUUCAUUGGACCA